AUGAGGAAGUAUGGUGUGAUUCAUAAAGUUGCUACUGCUUGUCAUCCUCUUAUAAAUGGCCAAGUUGAGGUUUCAAACUGUAAAAUCAAUAGGAUUCUGGAAAAGGUGGUAAAACCCCAAAGAAAAAAUUGGAGUGCAAGGCUAGGAGAUGCUUUGUGGGCCUACCAAACUGCAUACAAGACAUCAAUAAGAAUGAGCCCAUUUCAGUUGAUUUAUAGUAAAAGUUACCAUCUUCCUGUUGAAAUUGAGCACAAGGCCUACUGGGUGGUAAAAGAGUGCAAUAUGGGCAUGCAGAAGGGGAGUGUGGAGAGAAAAUUGCAAUUGGAGGAACUAGAAUUCCUAAGACUAGAGGCAUAUGAGAAUUCCAAGAUCUAUAAUGAGAAAACCAAGGCAGUACAAGAUCAGAACAUCUGGUAA